UUUCACUCGAAUUUUCGCUCCAAACGUGUUCACUUAUUUCAAUUCAAAUGGCAUAUAAGUGUUUUUUCAAAUAGUAAAUAUAAAUAGAACAAAAACUAUAUGUUCCGCUAGUGACUUUCUGUUUAUCCGGCAUUCCGAACGUCUGAAAUCAUCUGUCCAGGGUAAAGGUAAAAAUAGAGGUAAAAAUCCAGUCAAGAGCGAGGAUGACAACACGGCCGUUCCUAUCCGGAGUCCGGACUCGUUCAAUUUCUCACAAUCUCUUUUCUCCGCUCCCAUAUCCGAAUUUCUUUCAUUCGAAACUCCAGGAACAAAUCCAAGUUACCCUGCCUGGCGUUCUUGGCAAGUGCAGUUCAAAGGAAAUAUAGGGACUUUCCUCUGAACCGGAGCUCGCACGCUCGCCGUAGACACUGGUUUUCUGGUCGUGGCGACGUGCUCGCAGCUCCGGUUCAGUAAUCACGUGGGAGAGCUCGGAAUCGGACUUCUCAGACACUGAGGACUCAAAUGAGUUAGGGGCCAACGUGGGCCCCGAGAUCACCACGAUGGACACUAUAGACAGUGUCAACAAACGAGCCACACGUGUCUUCAAGAAGUCCAGCCUCAAUGGCAAGAUCACGGUUUACCUUGGCAAGAGAGAUUUCGUCGAUCACAUCACACAUGUUGAUCCUAUUGACGGGGUUGUUCUGAUCGAUCCUGACUACAUAAAGGAUAGAAAAGUGUUCGGUCAUGUUCUCGCGGCGUUCAAGUACGGCAGGGAGGACCUGGACGUUCUCGGGCUGACUUUUCGUAAGGAUCUCUAUCUAGCGGCAGAGCAGAUUUUUCCAGUGCUGCAAGGAUCGCAGCCUCCCAGGGAGCUGACGCGAUUGCAGGAGAGAUUGAUCAAGAAGUUGGGCAGUAAUGCAUACCCCUUUUACUUCGAGUUACCACCCCACUGCCCCGCUUCGGUUACCCUGCAACCGGCACCAGGUGACACCGGCAAACCUUGCGGUGUAGACUACGAACUGAAAGCGUUCGUAGGUGAAACGCAAGAUGAUAAACCGCACAAACGGAGCUGCGUGAGGCUGGCGAUCAGGAAAAUUAUGUACGCGCCGUCGAAGCAGGGCGAGCAGCCCUCAGUGGAAGUCAGCAAAGAGUUUAUGAUGUCUCCGAACAAGCUGCAUCUAGAAGCCUCCCUCGAUAAGGAGCUCUAUCAUCACGGCGAAAACAUAGCUGUGAACGUGCAUAUAGCGAACAAUAGCAACCGGACUGUGAAAAAGAUAAAAGUGUCGGUUAGGCAGUUCGCGGAUAUCUGCCUGUUCUCCACGGCGCAAUACAAGUGCACCGUCGCCGAAGCCGAAAGCGAUAUAGGGGUAGCGCCAGGAUUCACCCUGAGUAAGGUGUUUUCUCUAAGGCCGACGCUUGCCGAGAACAAAGACAAGCGGGGUCUUGCUCUAGAUGGUCAGCUUAAACACGAGGACACCAAUCUCGCGUCUAGUACAAUGGAGGGAUGCCCGGUGGGCCCGGGUUUCACGCUGAGCAAGGUGUUCACCUUGACACCCCUUCUGGCCAACAACAAAGAUAAAUGGGGGCUCGCCCUCGACGGCCAACUCAAACACGAGGACACCAAUUUGGCGUCCAGCACCCUUGUGGUUGACCCGGCGCAGCGUGAAAACCUUGGCAUAAUUGUCCAGUACAAAGUUAAAGUCAAACUGUGCCUCGGUGCUCUAGGAGGGGAAUUAGUCGCGGAACUGCCCUUCAUUCUGAUGCAUCCUAAACCGGAAGAAGAGGAACCAGUGCCGUCCACAGCUCGACCAAGCCCUACGCACAAAACUGAAAGCGGGGAAGUCCCGCUUGACACAAACCUUAUCCAAUUGGAUGCGGAGGCAGAUGGCGACGACGAUAUAAUCUUCGAAGAUUUCGCUCGUUUGAGGCUGAAAGGCGAAACAGAAGCUUGACCGUGUUCCGCUGACACCUUGACACGUAUCGAUCAAGUGACUUUGACGCCACCAUGCCGCACGCAAGACGGAAGUUGCACAAUUUCGCCAAUGAUGCCAAUAGUAGCUAUGUCGCAGCAACAAACUUAAACGACAUUAGUGUUCAACGACGUUAUUGCUGUUUAUUGCUGCGGUAUAUCAUUGCUACCCUUAAACGCAAAAUGUCGAUAACGAUGUUCCACCGUUUUGGCACAUUAAAAUUUAUUACAGUAGUUUAAUGAAAAAGAUAAAAGAGUAAUAGUUAUUAAAAAGAAAAAAGUAUAUAAGGGAGAAAUUUUUCGAGCUGUUCACAUUUUUUGUGCAAUUUCAGAUUUUUGCGUAAUAUAAAAAAACAACGUAAAUUGGAAAUGUUAUCGAGAAACUUCUUUUUCAACAAUUGUCAUUUUUACACUGCAAAUCCAAGUGUUAUUUUAGCCGAAGCUAACACAUUUUAACUAACUCUUCUUACACAUUUCUUGCCGGUUUAAAUUUUAAAUCACGUCAUUUAACACAAUUGAACACAUUAACUUUUAAUUUAAUACGAUUAAACGUAUUAAAUGACGUAAUUUAAUAUAAAGAAACACGUAAAAAGAGCUUCUGUCUAAUGUGUCAUUUUUAGACGUUUAUACGUGUAAAAAUAACACGCUUGGAUUUGCAAUGUAUUGAUUGUCGCGAAAGUAAUGAAAAAUACAUACAGGAAGUUGAAGUUUCUCAAGAGCAAACAGUUUUCUUGUUUGUUUUUAAGCUAGCCUACAUAUUAUAUUUAUGAAACAAUUAACAAAUGAAAUAACUAAAUAAUUAAUUAAGCCAUUUUUGUGGCACAUGCUCUUUAUUUAAUCAUGAUGAUAAUUUUGAUUUGUGAGGAAGCGGCGGAUUUUGUAAUUAACAUUCACGAAUUUUUCAUUAACACCGUCGCCAUUUUUACGCUCUGGAUCAGAAGACUGAUUUUAGGAAGAACAUCCAAGAAUCUAGCCAAUGAUGUAUUUAUCGUUAAAUUUUUAACAAUAAAAGAAAAACCUAUUGCAGAUGAAAUCUACAAAAUUCGGUAUCUUAUUCUUCAAAAAUUACAAUUUUAAAGUUGGUAUUAAUUCAAUUAUUUAAUCAAUUAUAUAAAUCACAGAUUAAUUCA